CCCCGGGCUGCAGAGCGCUCCUGAGUGCCGCCGUCCGCCGGGCAUGGGGAGCCGCUUCGCGGGCGGCUGCGGCAGCGGACGAAGAGGAUGCUCAGGGCGAGCGGAGCACCUGGGAAGCGUGAAUGACAUGUGCAGCUUGGGGCCUCAUUUCUGAAGGGAGGAGUCUUUCUCUUGGAGAGGACCCUCAAUGAGCCUGGCCGAGGCCCGGGAUCUGUGUGAAGUGGACUAAGGAUUAAGUAGGAUGUCAACUGAGACAGAACUUCAAGUAGCUGUGAAAACCAGCGCCAAGAAAGACUCCAGAAAGAAAGGUCAGGAUCGCAGUGAAGCCACUUUGAUCAAGAGAUUUAAAGGUGAAGGGGUCCGGUACAAAGCCAAACUGAUUGGGAUUGAUGAAGUUUCCGCAGCUCGGGGAGACAAGUUAUGUCAAGAUUCUAUGAUGAAACUCAAGGGUGUUGUUGCUGGCGCUCGUUCCAAAGGAGAACACAAACAGAAAAUCUUUUUAACCAUCUCCUUUGGAGGAAUCAAAAUCUUUGAUGAGAAGACAGGGGCCCUUCAGCAUCAUCAUGCUGUUCAUGAAAUCUCCUAUAUUGCCAAGGACAUCACAGAUCACCGAGCCUUUGGAUAUGUUUGUGGGAAGGAAGGGAAUCACAGAUUUGUGGCCAUAAAAACAGCCCAAGCGGCGGAACCUGUUAUCCUGGACUUGAGAGAUCUCUUUCAACUCAUUUACGAAUUGAAACAAAGAGAAGAAUUGGAAAAAAAGGCACAGAAAGAUAAGCAGUGUGAACAAGCUGUGUACCAGACAAUUUUGGAAGAAGAUGUAGAAGACCCUGUAUAUCAGUACAUUGUGUUUGAGGCUGGACACGAGCCAAUCCGUGAUCCUGAAACAGAAGAAAACAUUUACCAGGUUCCUACCAGCCAAAAGAAGGAAGGUGUUUAUGAUGUGCCAAAAAGUCAACCUGUAAGUAAGAGCCAGCCCUUGGAGGAUUUUGAGAAGCGGUUUGCUGCAGCCGCACCGAACAGAAACCUGCCGAUGGACUUUGAUGAAAUCCUGGCGGCAACAAAGGCUGUGACCCAAUUAGAACUUUUUGGGGACAUGUCCACCCCUCCUGAUAUAACCUCUCCCCCCACUCCUGCAACUCCAGGUGAUGCCUUUCUCCCGUCUUCAUCCCAGACACUUCCGGCGGGCGCAGAUGUGUUUGGCUCUGUAUCCUUUGGCACUGCUGCUGUACCCUCAGGUUAUGUUGCUAUGGGCGCCGUCCUCCCAUCCUUCUGGGGCCAGCAGCCCCUUGUCCAACAGCAGAUCGCCAUGGGUGCUCAGCCACCAGUCGCUCAGGUGAUGCCAGGGGCUCAGCCCAUCGCCUGGGGCCAGCCGGGUCUCUUUCCAGCCACUCAGCAGCCCUGGCCAACUGUGGCCGGGCAGUUUCCGCCAGCCGCCUUCAUGCCCACACAAACUGUUAUGCCUUUGCCCGCCGCCAUGUUCCAAGGUCCCCUCACUCCCCUUGCAACCGUCCCAGGCACGAGUGACUCGGCCAGGUCAAGUCCACAGAGCGACAAACCCCGGCAGAAAAUGGGGAAGGAAAUGUUUAAAGAUUUCCAGAUGGUCCAGCCUCCACCCGUGCCCUCCCGCAAGCCCGACCAGCCCUCCCUCACCUGUACCUCAGAGGCCUUCUCCAGUUAUUUCAGCAAAGUCGGCGUGGCACAGGACACGGAUGACUGUGAUGACUUCGACAUCUCCCAGUUGAAUUUGACACCUGUGACUUCUACCACGCCAUCUACCAACUCACCUCCAACCCCAGCCCCUAGGCAGAGCUCUCCAUCCAAAUCAUCUGCAUCCCAUGCCAGUGAUCCGACUGCAGAUGACAUCUUUGAAGAAGGCUUUGAAAGCCCCAGCAAAAGUGAAGAGCAAGAAGCUCCUGAUGGAUCACAGGCCUCCUCCAACAGUGAUCCAUUUGGGGAGCCCAGUGGUGAGCCCAGUGGUGAUAAUAUAAGUCCACAAGCCAGUAGCUAGAUAGCACAGGUCUGGGAGCCGGAGCCUCUCUAUGCACAGAUCAACAGACCUAAGAAAUAGCAUCGAUAUGAGCUUGUGAUGGGUGCUUCAAGACUGGCAUGGAACUCAGCAGGCUCUUGUGUUCUCUUUCACCUCGCCUCAUCCCACAGUGAUUUUCCUGAUUGUUCAAUGGAAUUUGUGCCGAAGAAGGAACUAAGUGUUAUUGGCAACAAAUGGCAGAUACUUAUGGCAGCACAAAAACCAAAACCAAACUACAACAACAACAACAAAAAACAAACAUCACCACCCCUACAAAAGUAUAUACCACCCUACACCCAACAUUAAAUCACCAAUCAAAGCAAAUGCUUUCCCGACAAAUAUUCUGAGCUCUCUAAACUGGGUGUAAGAUGACCCAAGAUGUGAAAUCAUAAUUCUGUUUUCAUUUCCUCUACCUGUUGACUACUGUAGAGACAGCAGAUUCGGAGUGACAGGCAUCACAGAAGUACACCAUGGUUGGCACUGACUUCUUGUACGCAAAAGCAAGCCUCUAUGACCGCAAUAUUGUCAUCUGUAUGCCUUUCGGUGUAAGGUGAUGUUCACUCAUUGUCCCACAGAGCCUGGUCUGCCAUUCUGCCCCUCCCCUUCCUUUCUUUGUCAUGUUUGAAAAUUUAAUGGGUGUACAAAUUCUUGUAAUGCUUUUUGACAUUUCUUUUUAGAUAUGGGUGAAGAAAUCUAACUGGGAAAACAAAAGUCUCUCCAGAAGUGAAUUAAUUUGAAAUCACAAGACAAAUUAGUGCUUGGUUGUUCCUUAUGAUCAAGAAUGCUGCUGAAACAACCCUUUAGUUAAUCUGCAUCCUGCUGAAGAAAGACAGUUGUGUUUUUUUUUCCGGUUGGAACAUCGAUUCUGUGAGUAGGAAAGGAGAUCAUUCUCAUUGAUGAGAGAGGAGGAAAAUGCAUCUGAUUUCUAAGAAGCUCUAAACUCUGAAUACAAUAAAAUGAUAUUUUUUAAUUUUUCUGAUACUUUGCUGCUGUAAUACUAUGCAGACAAGUGUCUUCUCCAUGUGCCAUUUUCAAAGAAAAGUCAUUUGCCAAAUAAUUCUGGUACAAUUCUGGUAAUGUGGUUUUUGGAUCUUAAAAACCAACUUUCUAGCAGAACAAUGGGGCCAUUAAAUGUUCAAGCAUAACAAACUGAUUCCAUGGUCAGACUGGUUCAUCUCUUGUCUCUUUUUGUAUAUCAGAAAAUUCAAAUGGGAUUUUUAUUUUGUAACUUGAAAAAAAAAGGAAAACCCUUACCAUUAAACUCUUUAAAUAUUUAAGGGAA